AUGGUAAUUGUUGAUAUUGAUACGGCUCUGGAGAAGUUCCCGCAAGCCCUUGCUUGCCAAACUUUCCCUGAUAUACUCGGUGAGGAGACGCCUCCGAGAGCAUAUUCGUGUGCUGACCAGGUGCAAUCUACCGGCUCGAACAGCGACAAUGCCGAAUAUCUCCUUGAUGAUCUCCUAGACAGCUUCGAUGAUGAGGAUGAUGGUUCUUCUGCCGGUAGCUCUGUAGACAAAGAGGAGAAAGGAGUCGAGCAGUACUACACAAAGUUUGUGAAGAAUAGCAAGGAAUCUUCAAAAGAGUUCCCUAUAGCCAAGGAAAUUCUUAGUCGCGGAAAAGCCUCUGAGGUCACUCUAGCUAUGAUCCACAAACGUAUGGCAAUUGAAGCAAGCAAAUCUGUGGUUUUCAAAAAACAUGCUCAUUCCGACGAGACGUCGAAAACAGACAGCGAUUUGACGAUUGAGAAAUACGCGAUAAAGCAGUAUAUCGCAUUUCCGUCGAUCCGGGGAGACGAAGAGUCUACGAUCUCGGAAAUUACCGACACCGACGAUGAUAGCGAGUUCAGCGAAGAAAGUAGUGAAGGAACGGGUGAUUUGCUCGAGAAGGCUCAAGAUAGAGUAAUCCAACAGCGCCUUUACGAAGAAGUUAAAGAACUCAAACAUGUUUUGGAGACGAAGAAUGAAGAGAUCGAAUCACUCGCUGCGCAUCUUCGGCGUGCAACGGCAAGCAAAUGCGAUCUAGUUAUUGCGCAUACUGAGCUAGAAAAUUAUCACGCCCAAAACAUCAAAGUCAAAGACAAAAAUGUGAAGCAACUCACUAAGUUCAGUUACAGCCUUCUGGAGCUUCGUGCGGAAGUUGAAAAGGAGUUUAUGAAUGAGAUUUCUCAUCUCUCCAACGAAAUCAAGGAAAUGGAGGCUCAGCACCGGAGUGAACUAGAUGACUGGGAACGUAUGCAUCGCAAUGAAAUGCUGGAAAAGGAUUUCCAAAUUGCUCAACUCACCCAGGAACUCCAUGUCAUGAGGAAUGAAGGCCUGAAAAGUCCAAAGAAAGCCUUGAGCAAAAUCUUCAAAAAGCAGUAG